AUGUCGUCCCACCAGGGGGCAAGGGGCGACAGGGCUGGGGGGAGCCUCCUCGGCGCCGCGGACAGCUCCAGCGGCAAAGUGGAGUCGAUGGGGAAGCGCGGGUGGCACAUGCCGUGGUACUACUUGUGCGGGAAUUGCGAUGUGCUGGGAUGGUCUAGCUACACCUUCAGCUCAUCGUGCCCAUGCAUCGCACAAGGUUUUGUGAGAAAGGCGGCCUUUGGGCACUCUGUGUGGAUGUGGAGCGUGGUCAUCCUGUUCCUGCUCUUUCCUUUCUACUACAUGGGGUCGGUUGGCGCGAGCAGUUUCGUCAAAACGCAGUGCACGUACAACACAAGCACAAGAGAGAUGCACUGCCAGAAGACGAGCGGGUUGAGCCAGAAUGCAAUCAUUGGAAUGAUGUCCUACUUAGCUGUUUGCUGGGUGAUUUACUCCACUGUUGGUGCCGUGAUGAGAUCCAACAUUCGAAAGAAGUUUAAUCUUCCAGGUAGGAAGGGUGAUGGGUCAUCGAUACUUCUCCGGUGGAAACCCUGUGGAAUCAUGGCAUAA